AACUUUGAAUUGCCUAUUUCUCUUCCCUCAUUAUUAUUGGAACUCGAUCUAUAUAUAAUAAUCAUUACUACAGUAUUUGGUAAAACAUAUUAUCUCUCUUUCUAAUAUAUUUUCCUUGUAUUAUCUCAAAGUCCAUACAAAGAUCAAUAUGGGUGUUGAAACUGAAGACCUUCAUGUAGUUUUCUUCCCUUUCAUGGCCCAUGGCCACAUGAUCCCAACCCUUGAUAUUGCGAGGCUCUUUGCCGCUCGCGACAAUGUGAAGGCAACCAUUAUCACCACCCCUCUCAAUAUGGGCACCUUCACUAAGGCCAAUGAAAACAGCAAGAUAAUCAUCAACAUUGAAGUAUUCAACUUUCCUGCAAAAGAAGCUGGUUUGCCUGACGGAUGCGAGACCCCGGAACUGUCAUUGGGGCCUGGAAUGAUCCACAACUUCUUCAAAGCCACGGAUAUGCUAAAUGAGCAGCUGGAGAACUACUUGGAUAAGGUCCGACCUGACUGCCUAGUCGCGGACAUGUUCUUCCCAUGGGCGACUGAGUGUGCAGCCAAGUUCAACAUCCCGAGGCUAGUCUUCCAUGGGACUAGCUACUUCUCCCUUUGUGCUCAAGAAAUUGUUAGGGUACAUGAGCCUUUCAAGAAAGUGAGCUCUGACGAUGAGCCAUUCGUUCUUCCUUACCUCCCCGGUGAGAUACAGCUGAGAAGAUUGCAAAUCCCAGAAGAUUUACGGAAAGAUGAGGAAACAUUUAUCAAAAAGAGAAUACAGAAGGUCAAAGAAUCAGAGGUCCAGAGUUAUGGAGUGAUUGUUAACAGCUUUUACAAGUUGGAAAAAGAUUAUGCAGACUUUUUCACAAAAGAAUUGGGUAGGAGGGCGUGGAAUGUAGGUCCUGUUUCACUCAACAACAGAGAUGAUAAAGCUCAUAGAGGCAAACAGACAUUAACAGAUGAACACGAGUGCUUGAAAUGGCUUAGUUCAAAGAAGCCUGAUUCGGUUAUUUACGUCUGUUUUGGAAGCACAGCAAGCAUCAUAGCUCCUCAACUGCACGAGAUCGCCAUGGCUCUAGAAGCAUCUGGAAAAGAGUUCAUAUGGGUUGUCAGAAAUGGAGGAAAAAAUGAAGAGUGGUUGCCACCAGGAUUCGAACAACGGACGGAAGGGAAAGGACUAAUAAUAAGAGGGUGGGCUCCACAGGUGUUAAUCUUGGAGCAUGAAGCCAUAGGGGGUUUCGUCACUCAUUGUGGGUGGAACUCGACACUAGAAGGGAUCACUGCUGGUGUGCCAAUGGUUACAUGGCCUAUUUUCGCCGAACAAUUCUACAAUGAAAUAUUGGUGACUCAAAUUUUGAAGACGGGCGUCCCUGUUGGAGUUAAGAAGUGGAGUAGGACGCCCUUGAUUGAGGAUAUUAUCAAGCGCGAAGCUGUGGAGAUGGCAUUGAGAGAAAUCACAGAGGGGGAAGAGGUGGAGGAGAGGAGAAGCAGAGCAAAGAAGUUGAAGGAAAUGGGACAAAAGGCUGUUGAAGAAGGUGGCUCCUCAUAUUCUGAUAUCACUGCAUUGAUAACUGAGUUAAGAGGUUAUCACCUUCGACAGCAAAAUUAGCUAGUUUCAGUUUUUCUUUUUCCCUCUCCCAUUGUAUUGCUUUUCUCUUUCUUUGUCAUGCAAGUUUCAAGAAAAAAAAACAAAAAACCUUACUGAAAUGCAGGUGUGAGACGAGUGACAGGUUCCACAAAAGUUUGUGCAUAUGUAAUUGGUUUUUGCUGCACAGAGUAAAGAGCAAACGAGGUACACUGGA